AUGUGCUUCAAAGGAGUAUCCAAGAGCGUUGGAGACGAUAGUAGGGGUGACGAUGGUGCUGAUGAUGAUGAUUAUGACGAUGAUGAUGAUGGUGGUGGUGGUGGUGGUGGUGGUGGUGGUGGUGGUGGUGGUGGUGGUGGCGAUUGCGACGAUGAUUAUGUGCCUACAUAGGUUAGAAUUCAGAAGAAGCCGCUGUGCGACUUUAUUUGCCACCAUUUCCAACCUUGCAUAACUACUGCCUGAUACUAAUUUUCCCCGCCUCACGAGCGUUUGUCCUCCAAUUCAGUGGGUCAUAGUAAAAUCAUCAACCUCAAAAUAUACACAAUUUACGACGGUAAAUCCUUUGUCCUUGUUAUUCUAAACGGCUUUACUCCGUGCUAAAGGCCUCGAAGGAGCAUAAGCACGACUUCGUGUGUGCCUCCUAUGCUCUCAGCGUUGAAACUUUCGAAAGUGCUAACACCAGAUGACGGCAAAUUGGCAGCAUCCUGUCUUGAAAGUGCUCUUCCAAGCUGACAACUCCCCGGAGGCGAUGAUGCGAUUCACAGAUUCUUGUCGAAAAAGAAGACCGAUAUCGAUCACCGAAGCAGGGAGCUCUCACACCCGCACGGCACCCCAGCACCGGAUACCAGUAAGUCACGCUAACAACGGUAGAAAAAGGUCGACAGGGGAGGACUGAAAUGGCCAUGUAUUUGUAGGGAAUGGGUAGCUUUUGUGGCCUCCUCAGCUCGGCGCCCUCCCGUGUGUUUCCCUGGUCGAAAACUGGGUCGCGUCAUUUGGCGGCGAGAGAGAGAGAGAGAGAGAGAGAGAGAGAGAGAGAGAGAGAGAGAGAGAGAGAGAGAGAGAGAGGAACUCGCUAUAUUUUGAAUGCACAGAUUAGAAAUUUUCAGCAAAAAAAGGAGGUUCAAUUCCAUGUGGACAGAAUAUAGGUUAGCGAAUUACUCAAGAGUUAAAAAGUCCUACACAGGAAGGAACGAUCAUUGUGGUGACAAUUCAAGCCUCAGUUUUGCAUUUCUGUCUCUUCGCACGUAACAUUGCACGCCAUGAAUGGCGGUGUACGACAAGAGGUAGGUCAAAAGCCACGGCGCAUGGUGCGGGAGGACUUCGCAGAGAUUAGAUCAGAAUGUAGGGGAUGGACAACGUCAUCCAGAAUUCGACUAGCAAAUUGCUUCAUCGUAUUGAAAGGUUGUUGUAUGAUAAUAUCGACUAAGAUGACAUAAAAAACGCCGGCGACAGAAGACAGCAUUCGGGGACUCGUUUUAUAAUUAGCAUAUCUUUUUUAAUAAAGCAGGAAAAAUGACAGGAGAGCGAUAAAGAAUGAGAGGAAAAGUGCGGGCACCUAUAAAUCGUCAGACUAAGGGUUGAUGUGUGUUGUAGGAACGUAAACGACGAACGUAGUAAAGAAGUUGAUAAACUUAGUAGAAAGGGUCUCAACAUGGAGGGACAAUGAAAGCUUUGAUGACAAAGUAACACCAAGGUACCUGAAAGAGGAUGUCUCCUUGCGGAGGACGUCAAAGAUUUAGGACUAGGAGAGGGUCACCGCAUGUGAUAGGCAGGGGGGCGUGUAGGUUCUAUCCAGAAAAACUUGUAGUGAUGAAUUCACCAGGAAAGAGCAUGUCUAUACAACCAAAAAAUUUGCCGCAUCCGAGGGGAUCGACCCGUUCUCCUCCCCCCUCCCCCGAAACUGUCUUGAGUGGCGUUGCAUUGGAUGGAAGACACACCUGCAAAUUGUGAAAGCCCCGCCUCCCAAAUCGAGUCUUACAUUUUUUGCUGGUUAGGCUGAAAUACGAUCACACCCCGACCGUGCUACUUCUCGUGAACGCGCAACCCCCCGACACUACUCUAAUCUCAUUUUUAAUGCUGUUCGUAAUGCCUGCGAGUACGCUACCAGCUGCACCAAGCCCCAGUCAUGCCAUCCAUAUUAACGUGCACAUUUCUAAACUAUUCAUUUCCUACUGGAUUGAACACGAGAAUACGGACCCUCCAGUAUCACAAGUGGCCUUUACCUAAUCCCUAGGGGGGGGGGGGAUUGGGGUUAAUAUUAGAAGUGUUAGACUUAGUGUUAGGACCAGGGUUACGUGGGUUGGGAGGAGGGUUUAGUUGAGGUUAGGAUUGAGUUUAUGCGGGCUAGGGUUAGUUCAAUGGGAGUUGGUGUUUGAGUUACAGUCAGGAUUAGGUUGGUUAGUUUUAGUGUCAGAGUUAGGACGGGGAAAAAGGGACUGCUGGAAGUUGACGCGAGGCCACCUAUAAUACUGACGGGUUCACAUCCCCGUGUCGGACCAACUGGUGAAUCUGACUCAUAGAAACACAAAUCCUUAUGAUUGAAUACUGAACUAUGUCAGUAGAUGUAAAUUUGCAUAAUGUUACCGUACAUAUUUACCACAUUGUCUUCCAGCACGUCUUAAUGGCGUGUGCUGCCAGCAGGCAAGUAAGUAGGAUGGACAUACUUUCAGUUUUAUCAUUUUCGGGACAGAUAACUGAACGUAGGCUGAACCACUCUAGUCUAAGGGGAUAAAUAUGAUGAACAUACUGUGGGGGGUAUUAUUUUUUAAGUGGAUAACCAGAUGCAGACGUCUACCCGACGAAGGUGGGCAUCAGUCAGAUAAGCAUGGGUUGCAAGGCUGGGGAUGGAAGUGGGGGAUAUAGUCACAAUUGAGUCUGGCCAGCUAUUUUGUGGAGAUAGUAAGGUAACUGAUAGAAGCGAACAGGCGAGUUCCAGGUAGCAGUUCAGAAGACGAAGAUGCGAUCACUGGCACAAGAAAUUUAUUGGCCUGACGUUUCGGAUUCUCACUCGAAUCCAUCAUCAGAGGCAUUCGCAAAUAAAGGUGAUGGUGGCACAAGAAGUGCAGUAUUGCCGUGAUUUCGUCAUCCGUGCUGGAUGCUGGUGUGACGAUUACUCGGCAAAUUGACUCACCAGCAUCCAGCACGGAUGACAAAGUCACGGCAAUUAACGACCCGGACUCGGACGGACGAGCCACCACCGCAUCAAUAACGACCCCAGCGGUGAUUGCGAGAGCUGUUAAUUACAGUGUGCAUACGGUCCCACGGCAGCCACGUGUUAUAAAUACUGCAGUCCUUGUGCCACCAUCACCUUUAUCUUCGAAUGUCUCUGAUGAUGGAUUCUAGUGAGAAUUCACAACGUCAGGCCAAUAAAUUUCUUUUCCCAGUGAUCGCAUCUUCGUCUUCUGUAUGGUAAGGUAAAUCUCUCGUGAAUGCGUUCUUACACAUCCCCCAAGAGCAGUUUUAGCUACUUGCAAACGUCUGGCGCAUUACCAAGGGCAGUUAUGUUUGGUUUUUUUCGGAGGUGGUUUCCAACUCUCACGAUGUGAGCUGGCUCUCUGCUGUAGCCGUCUCUGCUGAUAGCAAAUCUAAUUUCUUCUCUGAAUCAUCAGAUUAGUCACUGGAUCCGGGCACCUAGGGAUUCUUUCAACCGGACAACUGCAGCAUACCUUUAUCAGAGGUACGAUACCACGCCCAGUAAGGCAGGGUUAUUCCGUUGUGGCAGUGAUGGUGGUGGUGGUGGUGAUGGUGGUGGUGGUGGUGGUGAUGGUGGUGGUGGUGGUGGUGGUGGUGGUGGUGGUGGUGGUGGUGCACUUAUUAUCUUUACACCGUUCGUCAAGGUGUAG